AGCAGUUUAAUCGCUGAUUCCGUCCUUGUUUUUAACGAAUAGGGUUACUGGACUUUAGGAAGCGCUGCACUGUAAAACAUGACAUGUCCACUUAGCAGGAGGCAGAGCUAGCAAGCUAACUAGCUACUUUAUUCCCUGUAACACAGCUGCUGCCCAGCUAAACAUUGCUCACAAAUGUAUGACGUUGGUAAGGAAAAGCUUGAUUUAAUCCUGCUUUUCUGGAUGUUUUUACCCUGUGGUAGGGAAUACGGGUGACAUUAUCAUCGGGAGUUUGACAGGAGUAUAAACCGUCUCUUCUGUAGUUGGCGGAGGGCGAGGUAGGGGGGUUCUCCUCCAACCAACAGCAAGAUGGACUCUGAUUCUGCUCGUCAUAGAUCGACAUUUUGCACGGAGAUUAAAACAAUCUGUGUUUAGAGGCAGGAAUACAGACUGUACGCCAUUGGAUCUUCUUACGACUGUAAUCUCCUCAUAUGAUACACCGCUGCUGCGCGUGAGACACAGGAGGACAGGACUUUUACAGUAAACGGUCAUCAUCUUUGUAUGACGGGCUGUGCCAGCUUUGUCCUCAUCAUUCAUUCAGCAUUUCUAUAAUUUUUUCUUCAGUGCGGUAGUACCAUGAAGAGUGGAGGAAGAGGUAAGGCACAGCCUGUUGAGGAGGUCACUGGCAAAAGACCUAAACGCAAAUGCCUGCAGUGGCACCCUCUUCUUUCCAAGAAGGCUUCAGAGUUCUCUGAGGAAGAGGAAGAAGAAGAUGAGGAGGAACUGGGGAAGGUAGGGCUGUGCAGUGAGGAUCAGGACUCCCAAGUGCAUAAUGUGAGCACAACAGAGGAAACUGAAGAAGACUCUAAUGAACACCGGGCACGUCGGCCUAUGAAUGCUUUCCUCCUCUUCUGCAAGCGGCACCGUUCUCUGGUGCGACAGGAACAUCCUCGUCUUGACAACCGUGGGGCCACAAAAAUAUUGGCUGACUGGUGGGCUGUGCUGGAGCCCAAGGAGAAGCAGAAAUACACUGAUAUGGCCAAGGAGUAUAAGGAUGCCUUUAUGAAGGCAAACCCAGGCUAUAAGUGGUGUCCCACCACGAGCAAGCCACUCAAAAGCUCUUCCUAUCAGCAAGUCAGCUGUCCUCGCAAAAAGGUGUGGUCCUUCUCCUGCAACUCACCCAAGGACUCUACUGCCAAAAAUGUGCCCAAAAGCGACAGUUUGCACCAGUUGAACUUUGCCAUGGCAGACCCCACAAAGAUGGGAGGCCUGAGCAUGCUGCUGUUAGCUGGUGAACACGCCCUCACAAACAGGGAGAUCUCUCCCAGCACUAAAUCUACAUUACCUGGCAUAGCCAUUAAAGGAAGCUCCUUUUCAGAGGAAACUAAAGAGAUGUUGUCUCAGACAAUUCCCAACAGAGUGCCUGAUAUUAUUGACAGCAGGAUGAAGACAGGGCUUUCCCUGGUGGAAGAGUCUUCCUUGUCAGGGACCCUUGAAGGAAAACCAUACAGACAGUCAGCUCUCUUCCAGCUUGCAGAGAUGUGUCUAGCAUCAGAAGCAGGAAAAAUAAACUCAAUAGUGUCUCAGCCCGAUGACAACUGCUCCACAACAACACUCAAGCAAAUAUCCAUGAAUCCAGGAGUUAAGGAGGAGAGAGACAACUCUGACUGCUGUAGUCCUCCUCAUAGAUCGCCCUCCCCUUCGUCUCCUUCCUCUGGAACAUCCACCCCCACUGCUCAGCAUACAAGCCAAAGUGGAUGUGUCAGAAAGAAGAACAAGAAAUAUGAGGAGGUGAAGUCUAAUGACAUCCCAUGUUCAGAAAAGAGAGUGAGUACGAAUUGUCAGCACUUUGAAUCAAAUGUGGACAGCACCAUUGAGGCAGUGGCCAGAGGAACUUGGAUUGACAAAGAGGAUAAAUCCAAGAAGAAGACCUCUCCCAGUCUUAUCAGUAGAAGCUCUGGUCUGCCACAAAAGAAAACUAAGACCAAAGUUAAAGCACUGGUUAAAGCGAAAGAAGAAGAGUUGGAAGACGGCAGGAAGCUGCAGGGGUCCUCUGAAGGGGAGAGAAAGAAAGUAGUGCCUGGCAUUGAGGCCAGGACUGAAGCAGAAAGUGUAAGUAGUAAAACCACAGGCCUUCAAAGCUGCAUGCCAGAGUCUCCCCAGCCCAACUGCGGCCAAUCGCCGGUGAAGCCCAAAGAAGAGGACAAGGAGAAGCACAAGGAGAAAGAACAACAGAAGGCUAGUGACACAACCUGUGAGCUGAACACACACAACCAUGGCUCCAGAAAAUCCGAGCGAAGCUGUAAGGGUGCCUUGUACAAAACUCUUGUGUCUGAGGGAAUGCUAACUUCAUUGAGAGCCAAUAUAGACAGAGGUAAAAGAGGUGCUUUCCGCGCUUUUGAUCAUGAUUCUAACUGGAGUCAGGACAGCUGGACAGUUUCACACGUGGGACCAAGUAAUACCAAGAAGCUAAAAAAGUCCAAGUCCAAAGAAGAGUCUUCACAGAGCCUGGGAAAACUAGAAGAGGAGUUUGAAAAGAAGUUCAACAGCCUACCACAGUACAGUCCACUCACCUUUGAUAAGAAGGGUACAGCUGUUGCCAAGAAAAAGAAAACUGACUGCUCCUCUAGCGUAGAUGAACCCUCUAAAGCUCCACAAGUGGAACAGAGUAACUGCUGGCAGUUGGAUUCAGUUUCAAAAGCCCAGCCUUCUGCUUCCAUGUUCCCUGACAUCCAUGGUGCCUCCAGCAUGGAGAUGCUGGUUGGCAGCCAGAAGAGGAAGGCUAGGAAGUCCAGGAUUACACACUUGGUGCGCACAGCUGAUGGCAGUGUUUCCGCAGCUGAAGAAAACAAAGCUAGGGAUGUAAACCAGGAACAGGAUAAGAAGCCAUUAAACCAACAGAAUUUAUGCAAUGAAAAAAGGUGCUACAUCAGUCCCACAGCAGAGGAGACUGGGCGGAACACCUUACCACCAGAGCUACCUGCUUUCUUCAGCUUGGCAGCCCUUGCUGAGGUAGCAGCCAUGGAAAAUGUUCACAGAGGCCAGAGAAGCUUAGCUCAAAGCCAGAAGAAAGAACUUGCACAAACUCCGGUUCUCAUAUCCUGCGCUGAUCAGUGAAGUGAUCCUGCUGCUUCUGGACGAAGAUGACAUGAACAAUAGUAGUGAAGCUUUGCUUUCCUGAGAGUUCAUUUGUUUGGAAGGCUUGGACAAACUCCAGACUCUGAUUUUGCUUGAAUCUAAUAUAUGGGGAAAGAAACCCUCUCCUCUUCUCCCGCCUGCCCCUCUGUUGGUGUCUGUGUUUCAUCCUGAGCCUUUGUUAGGCUUCAGGGAGAAUACUUUUCCCAAAGGAUAGCUUUGUGUCUUCAAUGGAUGAUGUACUUGACACUCAGUGAACUCCCUACAGUAAGUGGUGGUUAGUACAGUCCAGUUGUUGAGAAACAAGUAGAGUAGGUAAGGUGGACUUUCAGGUAGACUGUUUUCUCAAGCGCACUAGCUGCUUUGAGAAAAAUGGUCAUAAGAACAUUGGAGCUGUUGAUCUGUUGCCGAGCAGCAGGCCAACAGCUCCUGUGUUAUGCAAACUAAAAUCAUCCCUUUGUCAAUAGUUUUUAGAUAUAAAGGGGGCCAUUUAUAUACUUCCAUCACAGUUCCACAUACAUCACAACUUGAAGAGAGAUGGGCUCUUAGCUUUUGGAAGGAGCUUUAUGAAUUGCUUCUUGCUUUUCAGUAUCUCUGCUGCAGUGGUCAGAAGAUCCUCAGCUUGGGCAGAAAGGAGGAUUUGGUUCAUCUGUCAGGAAUCCUCAGUGAUCCUACAAUUAAUGCAAGCUCUCGCUGCUGUGUGCAGUGACACGGAUCACUCCCAACAGCCACAUGCACAAAAGAUUAAUCUACACUGAUGUGUUCCAUAUGUAUGGAAAUGAAAACAUCAACAAUGGCACGUUUUGUGGCUGCAGUCACUAUGUACUGUUUAGCACCACGACCGAAAAGAAACACCGUGUAUAUUUACACCUGAUUAGUCUGUGCAAAAAAACCAAGCUUUCCUCAGUGCAUGGCUUCCUUUUUUAUAGGUGGUUCCUAUAGAUUUGUUGUAUACUGUUAUAAGGAAGCCAUUUUGAAGGUUAAGUGUGACUGAAAAGACCUCAUUUUUGAAAUGGGGCUGUGAAAGUGCUUUUGACUUGCAGUCAUGUUUAUCAUUUUUUACCUGAUGAAUAGUUCCCGCACCUGUCUGAACACAUUUGUAUGUGGAAAAGCUUCUUUGCCUCCAGCUUCAUCCCAAAAUAACUUUUAACCAGGGUAAAUUAUCAUGGCAGACUUCCUUUAAAGCUGUGGUAUGUUACUCUUGUAAAAAAUGUUUUUUUAUCAUAUUUGUUAAAACUGCCAUUAUGUUGUGACAGUAAGGUAUGAGACAAGUAA